GACAGCUGCUGUCAAAACAAAUCCGAAGCACAGUCGAAAUUGAAAGAAUGAAAGAAGUAGCUUCACAAAAAUUAUAAUUCAAUCCCCACCACGAAGAACAGCCUGCUUUCACCAUGGGCACCGCGAUGUUUGCCAGAGUUACAUUUUAUCCGACGUUGCUGUACAAUGUGGUGAUGGAGAAGGUGACCAGUCGGCGCUGGUACGACAGGAUAGACGACCAUGUCAUACUGGGGGCUCUUCCAUUCCAGAGCAUGACGAAAAAGCUGAUAGAGGAGGAAAACAUAAAAGGUGUGGUCUCCAUGAACGAGACAUAUGAACUGAAGAUCUUCUCCAAUGAUGCUGAGAAGUGGCGCGAGCACGGCGUCGCCUUCCUGCAGCUCGCCACCACUGAUAUCUUCGAGGCGCCCGACCAGGACAAACUCUACGACGGCGUCACUUUCAUCAACAGAUUUCUCCCGCACGGCGGCAAGCUGCGCGGCGUGCCCGAGCGCGAGCACGAGCACGUGGGCAGCGGCACCGUGUACGUGCACUGCAAGGCGGGACGCACGCGCAGCGCCACCCUCGUCGGCUGCUACCUCAUGAUGAAAAACGGCUGGUCCCCGGAGCAGGCGGUGGAGCACAUGAGGUCUAAGCGAGCUCACAUACUUCUGCACACGAAGCAGUGGCAGGCGCUGCACAUAUUCCACUCGCGACAUCUCCUCACUCACACCGACACCAACACCGACACCGACACCAACACCGACACCGACCUCUAACAGUUCGCUGUUCCCAAUAGCUCUAGUUGUAUCUCUGUGUACAGUUCUGCUACAUGCGUACAUACUUGUACCUACAUGUUAAAUGUGACGGUGUAAAUUAUUAUUGAAAUUUAAUUACAUAUAUUUGUUUGUUUGUUUGUAAAGUGAGACAUUUUAACUUUGUUACGUUUAAAGUGAGGUUUCUCAUUGGAGCGAUACAUCGCUCGGAUCCCAACGGGAAACAAACGAUCAAACGAAUUUAACUAAAGCAAUAAUUCAUGAAUCUUACACAUUUUUUUGAAAUGUAAUUAUAUUUAUGUCAUUAAAAAUGCAAUAUUAAUUUGUUUCGCCUUUUAUAAAGUA